UGAAUCCUUCUGAGGAUGUUGGAGGGAGUGAUAAAAAUGUUAAGGAUGUUGAGAAGCCGAAGGGCGAUGAGUCUCGAUUGAAGGGGGACGAUUUCUUUGAUGGGUUGAGCCAGCUUGUAAUAGAUGAUGAUCAAGUUGUGUUGGCUGGCUUGGAGGCUGUUGCUAAAAUCAAUGUCCCCGCACCCAAUCCAGAUGUUGUUGGUGAAAAGUCAGAUGCCCUUCAUACUGAUGAAGAAACUGAGGAUACUGUCUCUGAUACACCUCUGUUGGAUAAGAGGAAGCGUGCUCCGGCCUUGAAAUCUCCAUUUGUUGAUUUCGGGUCUGCUGAUGUCGGGAGCACUCCAAUGGAGCUUAUGUCCUCAGGUUCUCAAUCAGCUGGGGAUGAUAGGGAUUUCAAAAUGGUGACUUAUGUGAAGGGCCUUUAUGCUCUUAAUGAUGCUUUUGCUGAUCCCGUAUCUACCGAGAUUGAGGCAAAAUUUGACUCUUGGAUUGGUGAAGGAUUGCUUAAACAUCCCAGGCAUUAUAAUUGUUAUGAAGACGGCGCAAAGAAAUUUACCCCGGGUUUUAGGCUAGGUGUUGAUUAUGUUGAGGAUAAAACUUGGUUUUACCAUUUGGCCACAUGCGACAUGUUUAUGAACGACUCGCAUAUGAACACCAUAUUCUAUUACCUUCGGAAAAAAGGUAAGUAUUCUUCCGCUGUGACGUUGAAUUUCGCAACCACUGAUUGUCUUUUUGAUGAUUCCAUCCAAGCAUUGUACCACAAAUUUAACAAGGCCAAGUUAAUGAAGACUAAGAUGUCACACAUUCACGCUGCCCACCCAAUUGCGCAUUACAUCCGAGGUAUGCGCAUUCCCUGUUCCAAGCCUUGGUAUGAAGCCGAUCACGUGCUUUUCAUCAUCAAUUUAAGAAGGGAAAGUCAUUGGGUUUUUGGGCGUCUUGACGUGCACGAAAGGACGUUAUUUCUGUACAAUUCUUUGAGAACCGCGAAGAUGAAUGCCGCAGCUAGGAAUGCGAUGAAGGCUUAUUCCGUGUUGCUGCCUUUGUUUUUCGAUUUACUUGGGUUCUGGAAGAAUAGAGCACAAGUUCCUGCCUCAGUUUCUGACCCUACAGCUCCAUUCAGAAUCGUGGAGCUUAGUGGUCUUGCGUCUCAGAAGAAUGAUUGUGGAGCAUAUGUUGCUGCCUUUGCUGAAUUCUUUAUACACGGAAAGGAUGUCCCUGCAGACUUUGACAUCGAAGUUUAUCGAACCCGACUUGCUUCACUUUUCUACUCGUACGGACAAAGGAAAAUUGACGAAAGUAUUGACAGCGAGGAUGAGAAGCAAACCAAGUCUUCUAAGGCAUCUAAAUUGAAGAAAUAG